AUGGAGGAAGAACCGUUGCUAAAGCAUCGCCGGAGCAACGUCGUCGUCGAGGGAUCUGGAGACCGGAGCAAUAUCACUGUCGAUGGAUCUGGAUCUGGAUCUGGAUCUGGAUCUAGAGCCGGGCUCGUUUUGGGCUGGGCCUUUGCUUCUCGGUUCUCUCACGCCGCCGCGCUCCUGAUCGUCUCCGGCGGCUGCGCCGUCGCCCGCUGCAUUUCUUCUCUCAGGCGCGCGCCCGUAUCCCCUGACCUCCAGCUCCUUCAUUUUGCAGGUAGCGGCACCGCGGCGCCGGCGCCGGCGGCCGGGCUCCCCGACGACUCCAUCGUGGACAUCCUAUCCCGCGUCCCCGUGAGAUCCAUCCACCGUUUCAAGUGCGUCUCGAAAGCCUGGCGCGACCUCAUCGCCAAUCCCCUCCACCGCAAGCGGCUCCCCCAGACCCUAGAGGGCUUCAUCUGCAGCGACGCCGAGAUCCGCCACGGCGCCGGCGGCGCGGGCGCCCCUUGGAACUCCCGCCGCCAUGUCAACAGGAGCUUCAUCAGCCUUCCAGGAAGACUCUCCCCUCUCGGUGACCCUUCCUUCUCCAUCCUGACGAAGCAGCCCACGGUCAGGAACGAAAUCAGGCUCUUGGGUUGCUGCAAUGGGCACCUCCUCUUUGCAAACGGCAGGAUCUCGGAAGCAUAUGGCACGCUGGGCUACAUCGUGUGCAAUCCAGCCACGAAGCAAUGGGUGGGUGUGCCCAGCGCUGGGCGCUCCUGCUCCCAUGCAGUUUCCGAAACAGAAGCAACCAUCUUUCUGAUUGUUGAUCCGGCCAUGUCGCCGCACUUCCACGUGGUCCACAUCUGGCAGAAUGGUUUUAUGGGGGAGAUUGAGGUGCGCACGUACUCGUCCGAGACCGGGGUUUGGACUCACAGGUCUGACGAGGAUCGGCAGCAAUGGCAGGAAGGAGGUGGAUGGGAAGAAUGGGUUAAUGGUGGAGCCAUGAUAGUGAGGCCCAUGCCGGGCAGCGCCCUUCUGAAUGGUAUGCUGCGUUUCAUCAUCUUCGAUUCACAGAAGAAUGACUAUGUGAUAGCUGCAGUGGAUGGGGAAGGGAAGAGCUGUAGGAGCAUCUGCCUGCCAGGUAACUGUGGCAGGUUUGCUCUUCUUAUUGGUCAAUCUCAAGGACGACUGCAUUGCGUGAGUGAAGAUGUGGAGAUGGAAGGCAGCAGCCGCUUGCAACGUAAAUCUGGACUGUGUGUUUGGGUACUUGAGGACUAUGAUACCGAUGAAUGGGUUCUCAAGCACAAGGUGAGCUUCUUGGAGCUGUUUGGGAAAAGAUGCUGCACUGAUGGUUACGAGUACAAUGUGCUCGCCAUUCAUCCAGAUCGCGAUAUGCUUUUCUUUGUUCAGCACUUCAACAAUAAAUUGGUAUCGUAUGACAUGGACAGCAAGGAGUUGCAUGCUUUCCACACUCCCAGAAGCAGCCAUGGUCUUUUCACUCCAUAUGUUCCCUGUUACCUUGAUUCAUCGGUGCUUGCAAACAAGUACUGA